UUAAGAUCUUUGGAAUCGAGCACUCUAGAAUGGGGAUUGCGAAGGUUUGAGUAGGAAUUUGGCGAUGGAGAGUGAGCGAGCGUCGCCCCCCGAGGCCAGGUUCUAUCUCGAUUUUGAUGCCGACGAGGAGGACGAGCAGCAGCAGCAACGCAAAGUAAGCAGUGGCGAUGGAAUCCAUCACAAAAUCGAAGAAGAAGAUGGCGAGGACGAGGAGGAAGAGGAGGAAGACGAUGCUUUGGCUACUCCUAGAUGGCCGCAGAGCUACAGGAAAUCGAUGGAUAUCUACAGUCAUAUGCCCUCUCCAAGCUUGAAUUUCCUCACGAGUCCAAAUGUGUCUCGCAGUUCGCUGCUAUCAACCUCGCUGGGAAAGCACUACGAGAGCGCAACAUCCAUUCUGGAUCCGCUCUUGACAGACCAGGAAUUUGACAAGGAUGAAAAACGACUGACUCCAUCGAUGCCACCGCCACCACCCCCGCAAUCUCACAUUGUCACCGUAUCCUCCGAGACGAGGCUCAGAAAGACUUCCUCGACCAGGAUUUCUCCUUCCAGCGAUGCACAAGACUACCAUCACCUCCAGCUUCCAAAGCAAGGUUGCACCUUCUUCCAGGCAACGCUAAACGGGAUCAAUGUUCUUGCUGGAGUGGGGGUUCUUUCCACUCCUUACGCUCUGAAGCAAGGAGGCUGGAUUGGAGCUAUCAUACUGCUACUCUUCGCAGUGGUUUGCUGCUACACAGGAAUCCUUUUGCGCAAAUGCUUGGAGAGUGAGCCAGGCCUUGUCACAUAUCCUGACAUUGGGCAAGCAGCAUUUGGCCGGAUUGGACGUCUUGUUAUCUCGAUAAUUCUCUACGUGGAACUCUACGCAUGCUGUGUGGAGUUUUUGAUUCUUGAAGGGGAUAAUCUUGCAUCCCUUUUCCCCAAUGCUCGUUUCAGUUAUAAUGGCCACAAGAUGGAGUCACAGAAAGUGUUUAGCAUGAUAGCUGCGCUGUUUAUACUGCCUACUGUCUGGCUUCGAGAUCUCAGCUUGUUAUCAUACAUUUCAGCUGGUGGAGUUGUGACAUCAAUUAUUGUUGUCGUUUCGGUUUGGUGGGUUGGAGCAGUUGAUGGGGUUGGGUUUCGGAACACUGGCUCAUUUAUAAAUUUUGGAAACUUGCCAGUCUCUAUUGGACUUAUAGGAUUUUGUUUCUCUGGACACGCUGUUUUUCCUAAUAUUUAUUCGUCUAUGAAAGAUAGAGCUCAAUUCAAUCGAGUUUUACAAUUGUGCUUUCUAUUAUGUAUAUUAAUGUAUGGAGGAGUAGCGAUUAUGGGUUUUAAAAUGUUUGGAGCAGAAACUCAGUCUCAAGUGACAUUAAAUCUUCCAAAGCAGUUUGUUGCAUCUAAAAUUGCAUUGUGGACAACGGUUAUUACACCUCUUACAAAAUAUGCAUUAACAAUCACCCCUGUCGCCUUGAGUUUGGAAGAACUUCUGCCAACUCAAGUUUCAAAAAAUCAUUUUGCAUCAGUUCUUAUACGAACUAGUUUGGUAACAUCAACUUUAUUUGUGGCGCUUAUGAUACCAUUCUUUGGAUUUGUCAUGGCUUUUAUUGGAUCUUUUCUAAGUCUUACUGGAUCAUUAAUUUUACCCUCAGCAUGUUAUCUCAGCAUAAGUGGCAGAAGGAUUCCAAAAACACAGGCUAUUAUUUGUGUCAUGACCAUAUUCAUAGGAGUGAUUGCAGCAAUUGCUGGAACAUACUCGUCUGUAACAGGGAUUAUAACCCAAUACAGAAGCAGCUAGCCAGAACAUAUUUAUUUUCGUAUCGAAAACCUCACAACAAAACUUUUCCAAAGUCAGCAGAUGAAGGGAAUAAAGGCAAAAGAAAGAUUUACAGUUUC